CAAUUAUGUGAGGAAUAAAACACUCCAGGUGAGCUGUAAUAGGAAAAUAAUCAACAGUGGAGUAGUGUGAAGCAGCGUGAUGCGACGCAUGCUUACUCUUACUACCCUGAAGUUGAUAUUUUCCUGUUAUACUACAGCGAUUUUCCACCAAUCGCAUUUUUUUUCUUCAUUAAAGAACUACACAUCAUAUCUGUGAACAUUUAUAGUUCGAAUCAAAUCCCACCGGAGACUUUCUAUGAGUUUCAAGUCAGGUGACUGUGACGGCCCUUUAGAAUCUUCCAGGACUACUUCUGCAACCAAGCCUUGGUGGAAUUUGAGGUACGCUUGGGAUCAUUGUCCUGUUUGAUGGUUCAAUGACGCCCAAGCUUCAGCUUCCUCACAGACAUCAUGACGUUCUCUCCUAGGAUUUCCCGAUUCUUCAAUGAAUCCAUCUCGCCUUCCACACGCUGCAGGUUUCCAGUGCCAGAUUAUGCAAAGCAGCCCCAGAGCAUCACCGAGCCUCCACCAUGCUCGACUGUGGACAGAGUGUUCUUUCUUCAUUCUUCUUCCUCCAGACGUACCACCGAUUCAUAGUGUAGAAAAGUCCCAGUUUUGUUUCAUCGCUCCACAGAACAGAAUCCCAAAACUUCUGUGUCUUAUUUAUAUGAUUUUGAGCGACUGUUCGUGUGCUUUUGGGUCAGUAGCGGUGAACGUCUUGGAGUUCUGGCAUGGAAACCUUCUGUGUUUAGUACACGCCUUACUGUGCUCACUGAAACCUCAGUGCCUGUUACACCAAGUCUUGCUGCAGGUCUUUUGCAGUCACUCGAGGGUUUUUCACAACCUGCCUUCUCACAAAACUGGCUGCAGCCGUUUAUAGCUUCCUUUUUCUGACCCCGUCCGGGUAUUCCAUUCUUCUUCUACCCCUAGCCAGUUCAGGUAUUUCAUAUAUUUUUAUGCCCCUAGCCAGUUAAGGUAUUCCAAGUGUUCCAGCUCAAGCACAGCUGGUGCAACUAAUGAAGCCCUUGAUUAAUUGUAUCCGGUGUGCUUGAGACAACACCUGUUCUGCAUAUUUGUGCUGUGUGCAUAUUUGUGAGGGAUUCUCUUCAGGGGGGUGAAUAAUUUUGAGACAGGAGAACUCAUUAUUCGUUGCAUUUUCAGUUGAAUUUGGGGAAACCACUUGAAGCGUUCGUCGUGUCGAACUAUUUCAAUCGCUCUUGUUUGAUUUGUUUGUCGCAAACCGCUGAAAGUCUACAUUUUGACAGUGAACCUGAUUUGCAACGGGGGUCGAAUCAUUCUGAUUGCAACUGUAUGUAAGCGUCUGAACUCCAGAUGAAUUUCAUGAUUCCUCCAAAAGUCCCCUCCCCCAUAUCCGAUCUGUUACAUCAUGUCCAAAGCAUCUGGAGCGAGCGCGUCAAAACAGGGUGGAUGCUGCUGCUGCUGCUGCUGUUGUUGUUGUUCAGAGGAGUAAGAGGAUAUCAGCUGGAGAGCUUGUUUUGAGCAUUUUUCCACAUUUGCGUGAAUUUCCUGAGGGCAGAUGGGGUCUGGCAUUGCACGUGAACGAAACCUGCGCCGCAGCUGCGUCAUGCGUCCGCUCUUCCUGGCCGCUUGCCUGCUCUCUCUUUCUUUUGCCCUAACUGUGAAAUCUGGGAAGAAAGAACACAACUUCACCAUUCACUCGUCUCAGCUCGCAUGCAGUUUGCCCGGGCCUCCAGGAGCACCGGGCAGCCCGGGGCCUGCGGGGCCCAGCGGCGGGGCAGGACGGACGGGUUCACCAGGCUCUGACGGACAGGACGGCAAGGAUGGGGACAAGGGUGAGAAAGGAGAGAAAGGGGAACCAGGUCGCACGGGGAACCUUGGAAAACCAGGACUGAAGGGUCGCCAAGGAGUUGUAGGUCGGGCGGGGCCACGAGGUCUGAAGGGGGCGCAGGGGGCACCUGGCGUGCGUGGGCCGGGAGGGCUGAAGGGUGAAAUGGGGGAUUUGGGUGAAGCUGGCGUCCGCGGUGGAUGUGACUGUGGGACGCAUGAACGCUCGGCCUUCUCGGUCGCAGUUAGCAAGAGUUAUCCGAAGGAGCGCACGCCCAUCCGCUUCGACCGCAUCCUGAUGAACGAAGGCGGCCAUUACAACGCCGGCAGCGGCAAGUUCACCUGCGCUGUCCCAGGUGUGUACUACUUCAGCUAUGACAUCACGCUGGCUAACAAGCACCUGGCGAUCGGGCUCGUCCACAACGGGCAGUACAAGAUCAAGACUUUCGACGCCAACACGGGGAACCAUGAUGUAGCGUCAGGCUCGACCGUGCUCCGGCUCCAGAAAGGAGACCAGGUGUGGCUUCAGAUCUUCUACUCUGAGCAGAACGGCCUGUUCUUCGAUCCGUUCUGGACCGACAGUCUGUUCACGGGAUUUCUUAUCUACGCAGAUCAGAUUCCUCAGAGGAAUAUCUCUGCUGCUAGCUCUGGGUCCUCCUGAUGGAAGCUUCACUGACUGGUCCCUGUUUAAGCUCUCGAAAUUCACUACAAUUUUUAUGCACGCUACUUUCUUUAUAACAUUAGAGUUCAAAUGCUGUCUUCGGAGAGCUCACCAUUUUCAGGGAUGUGUGACGUUCCCUUACCUGUCAGAAACAUUAGCCUCCCAUAGGGGCAAGUGGGACAUGGUAUUUGACAGAUAUACAUAAGCCUUUCUGGAUUUUUCGCAAUCAUUCCGCAGUAUCCUCACUGCCCGAUUAGCUCUGUAGAACUAUUAAUGCGCCUAGUGGUCAAAAAUGUACUAAGUCGUCCAACUACCUGUUGUCAUAGUAACAUUCAUCAGUGUGUGGCGCAACUAGCAUUCCACUUUUGACAACAAACAAAGUUGUCUUGCCGCUGAAAUGGAACGUUCCGGAAGGAUAGCGUUUGUAUAUAAAAUUCACCAGUGUAUAAAUGCAUCACAUCCUGCGAGAUGAGGAAGAAGAAGCGUGAAUGCUCUCUGUAUGUGUCAACGUACCUUAAUAGAUGCCCACUGGGGCAGGAAUCACGUCGCCCCAUGCUCACUCUGUGAAUAUUCAGUGGAGGAGGAGCAACGGACAGGACUGUUUUGCCAGGGUGGGCUAGUUUAAAAAUACUCCGUAGACAUCUUUGUUUGCUAUAAAACAAUCUUCAUUACAUCGAAUAAAUUUCAGCAAACAAAGGCAGUGUAGGUGCAUACGGUGUGUCUAUGAUGUACAGAAACAUUUCUAUUGUGAGAGAUAUUCGAACGAUUCGGAGAGGGAUUUUUAUAGAGCGGGUAAUGUCCAUACAUGAGAAACACGAGACCUCGUUUCCCAACCGCGGGGGGAAAGGGAAGAAAAUCUCUUUUUCAAUGCCUGAUUUCAUCAGGUUGUUUUUGAGAUGUAGUUGGGAUGGGGAGUUUUUUUUUUAUGAUACCUGGCAACCUUGGUUAAUCAUAUUACUGCCUAUUACAUGGUUGCUCUAAAAAUUCACUAGAUAGUAGCCUGUAGCAUAAGUCAACUGUGAGAGCCUUUCAACUUGGUUUUGUCUGAGGUGAUGACAUUAUUAAAGUCGCCCUGCUACACCAA